AUGCAAGCAAACAACAUUAAUGAAAGAAGCAAACUAAAAGUUCUAAUUGCUGGUGGAAAUGGAUUCAUCGGUAAGCAUUUAGCAAAGUACCUCCACAAUCGUGGCGACCACGUUCGGAUAGUAGAUAUUACGCAUGUUUUAUCAGAAAAACCAGAAAAUUAUUGUACUGAAUUUAUUCAUG